GGCGGCGUCAAGUGGGGCAGGCGCUGGUGGAGGUGGUGGAGAGGCAGGUGGCAGAGGCGAUCCCGGCGGAGCGGCGGUCCCGGCAGCUGGAUCCCCGCGUCAGGGCGUGACUGUCAUCCCGAAAGGCGGAGCUCAGGAUUCUGAAAGCCUAAGACUGCUUCCUUUAUAAUUAAGAAAACUUUGACAAGACGUUCAUAUUCUGGGGAGGCUUUGGAGGAACCAUGUAAAGCACAGUCAUGCUGGCCUCUACCCCAGGCACACUGAUGCCGGGCUGACAACAAGAGGCUUGUGGACCUGAAAUUGGAUGCUGACCUUGUGGAACGUUGAUGGGACAGAGAUGGCACACCAGGAACCAGCGUCAUCUCUCAGAGAAGAUAGCCCCAGAGGUUUUGAGGGGCUUUAACACACGAAGAAAAUGGCCCCUGUCUCGGGAUAUCUUCUGCUGUGUGAGAGACCCUGGACAUGGAGCUCCCAAGUCGCCGCAACAGCGAGAAAAUCCCUGGGGACGCUGUGGAAGGGGCUCCCAGACAUCACUGGAAGAGCUUCCGAAGCUGGCCUCAUUAAGGAGGUACGAGGGGGAGUUCGCCCAGGGCAAGUUUAACGGCGUUGGAGUCUUCAUUCGACAUGACAACAUGACAUUUGAAGGGGAAUUUAAAAAUGGCAGAGUGGAUGGUUUUGGCCUGCUGACUUUCCCCGAUGGUUCGCAUGGAAUACCUCGCAAUGAAGGCCUGUUUGAGAACAACAAGCUGCUACGGCGUGAGAAGUGUUCCGCAGUCGUGCAGCGGGCCCAGAGCGCCUCCAAGUCUGCCAGAAAUCUCACUGCCUGACGGGGCGUCGUGCGCCAGCUGACAAGUACUGGGUAAAGCAAAGGCCCCGUUACUCACUCAAGGUGAACAGAUGUACCGGCUGUGAGAGGACAUGAGGAUGCCCGCAGAGAGCAGAAGCCUUGGGACGCCCCCACACCCGCCAGGCAGGGAUUCCAUCACAGAAUUCUGAGGACUCGAGCCCCGCUGCCCACAGCAGGGUGACCAGUUCUCUUUCCUUCUCUCACUUGUUGGUAUUCUAUGUCCCUAACACCUUGGGUUGCCCAGUGCAGACCUGCCUCUCCUUGAUUUCCUGCCAAGUGGGGCAGAGCCUCUUCGUUCCGCCUGUAUUUGGGGCAGUUGAUCCCAGCCCCAAAUUAGGGCUAGUGCUUUGUGGCCCCCCCCCCCCCCCCCGGAGAAACAGGGAGAGAGGCAGGGGUGGCUUAGGCAGUUCAGCAGUCCUGUGAAAGCCACAGCCAGAGCUUUUCUGCGUGUCCCCCCGCCGCCUCCCCAUUUGCUGCUGGUCAACUUCAUGGCUCCAGGCCUCCCCUUUUGUCUUUCCAGACUGCUAUUUGUGUCUGGUUAUUCCCCCUGUGAAGGGUUUGGUAAGAGUGCUGUUUCCCUGUCCCUUGACUUUAUAGGCUGUCUUCCUUACCUGAGUUCCAGCAGCUAAUCUGUGCCCUAUUUGUGCCUCUCCUUUCUUAGACGGGACAGGAUCCCUUUUGGGGAUAGUCAAGACACUGAUGUAAAGAGUCACUUUAGGACUUGUACUUGUUAGUUACUCCAGGGUGAAGGGCAGACAUCCCUGGCCCAUUUCAGGCCCUAUCACAGAGUAAUUGAAUCCUUAGGGAUGGCUUGGGCUGACACAGCCCCUUCCCAGUGGACUAGGAGGUCAGACCCACCUCAACCCCUUGGGGUUUUGGUAGAAUUGGACCCAUUCUAGGACUGCAGUGAACCAAAAGAGAAUUUGGCUCCCUGCAUUUGGUCCACUGUUUACUCUUCCACCAUGAGCUUGGCCAUCAGGCCUGGGAGGUCAGAUCUUGACCGAUAGGAUCCCUAUGUAGUUCAUCAUGGAGGCCCCCCAAUUAUCCUGUGACCCAGACACGCCCAGCCCACUCCCAGCCCCUUAUCCUCACACUGAAUGUCUCUUCAACAGCAGACUGUGGUGGAAAUUAUAGCCGUGUGCCUCCGUGUAUUCUCUGAGUUGUACUGUAGAAACGAGUGUUUAUGAGGAAUAAACAAAUCACCAGAACUGCC